ACGAGUAGCCUAAUGUAAUGUUGGUGGCUUUCAGUGCAGGCUACCUCUCGGACUCUGAACAGUCAGGUGGAAGUGCGCGUAAAAGAAAGUUCAUUCCGUUUGAAUUGAUUUGUUUUAUAUCGGACAAAGUAAAGAAAAACAAUUGUGUACCCUAUUAUUUGCAAGUCACAUUUUUGGGGGUAAUUUCUCAAGAGAAAGCGCAACUUCACCAUUAUUUAAUCACCCAGCUGUGGAUACUUACCGAAAAAACGUGUUUGCAAAAGUGAAGGGACAGAUGGGUGGGAGUUGAGAGAGACAGACAGACAUCCCCCUGAUCCUCCAUCUCUCCUGCCUGGACUUCUGCUCACCGCCCCCUCAGAGAUGGCAGAGGACAUGUGGGAGAACAGAACAGUCCCCAGCCCUUACCCCCACCUCCCCCUGUCUUUUCUACUAUGCAACGACACCCUCCUCAAUGACACCCUCCUCAACGACACUCUCUUCAACUGUAUCAACUCCACCAACAUUCCAGAAAUGCCAUUAGGACCCAGUGUAGCAGGGGUCCUCAUCCCACUCAUCUACAUCAUCGUCUGUGUCAUCGGCCUUGGCGGGAACAGCCUGGUCAUCCACAUUGUGCUGCACUACUCCAAGACGGAGUCUGUGACUAACAUCUACAUCCUGAACCUGGCCAUCGCUGAUGAGCUCUUCAUGCUGGGCCUGCCCUUCCUGGCUGUCCAGAACACCCUCCAGUUUUGGCCCUUUGGCUCCUUUAUGUGCCGCCUGGUCAUGACCGUGGACUCCAUCAACCAGUUCACCUCCAUCUUCUGCCUGACCGUCAUGAGCAUUGACCGCUACCUGGCAGUGGUCCAUCCCAUACGCUCCUCCAAGUGGCGGCGGCCCCAGGUGGCCAAGGUGGUCAACGGCACAGUGUGGGCCAUCUCCUUCCUGGUGGUCCUGCCUGUGGUAAUCUUCGCCAACGUCCACAAGACGGGCGGCACCUGCAAUAUCUCCUGGCCUCGGCCGGCCGACAUUUGGCGGGCGGCUUUUAUCAUCUACACGUCCACAGUGGGUUUCUUCUGCCCACUCCUCAUCAUCUGCCUCUGCUACCUGCUCAUCGUCUUCAAGAUCCGUAGCUCAGGCAAGAAGGUCCACGCCACGUCCACCAAGCGCAGGAAAUCGGAGCGCAAGGUGACGCGCAUGGUGGUGAUCGUGGUGGCCGUGUUUGUCUUCUGCUGGUUGCCCUUCUACGCCCUCAACAUCCUCAACCUGCUGGUGUCUCUGCCAUCAGAGUACCCGGGCCUCUACUACUUUGUUGUGGUAAUGGGCUACGCCAACAGCUGCGCCAACCCCAUCGUCUACGGCUUCCUGUCAGAAAACUUUAAGCGGGGCUUCCGCAAGGCCCUGUGUCGCUCCUCACGCAAGGUGGAGAGCCACGACCUGACUGAGCGCCAGCAGCAGCAGGAGGAGAGAGGGAGGGUGCUGAAGCCCCGGGAGAGCUUGAGGAGGGUCGUACGAGAUGAGGAGGAGGAAGAGGAUGAUGAUGACAGGGAGGAUGUCACAGAGAUGACGGAGAUCUGUAGGAUCGCCCAGAAUGGGAACGGACAUCCUGAGAGUUCCCUGGCCCUGUUAACACCCAAGGCGCCAGCUCCAGGGGCAUCUGAGCAUGUUGCAUCCCCUGAAAGGAAAGCCAUAGCUGGUGACAUUGGUGGGAAAGGCCCAAACUUGGGGCCUCCAGCAUCCCUGCAUAAUGGACACACCAAUGGGAGUGUCAAACCACUGCCAGAGGAGCCGGUGGAGAAGAACUCCUCACUGGAGAUAAGCUACCUAUAAUGUAAAAUAACUGUCUCCGAAGUCAGUUACCUGAUGGAACUUGCAUUAAUAUUUUGUGGUAUUCAAGUAAUGUCUAUUUAAAUGUACAGCGCUAUACACAUAUAGAGAAGAGAAGCACUCUGUAAGGCCAUAGCACCUUUCAUUAUUUUAAUGCUACAUUUCUGAUCAACGGGCUGAGAGUGUUUGAACUCUGCAUCAAGCCAAUGGAAUUUGUGUUACAAUGACUUGAUACUGCCUGUAAAACGGUGUAUAUACUAGGUUGUUUCUGAAGACAUUUGUAUCAUUUCAAUCUGUGCAAUAUGUUUUACAACAUGAUCACUGUAUGUACAUAAUGUCUGUGCCUUUUUCCAAACUUAUCUGACAUAUCUGAUUGUAAUUGUAUUACAUUUGUACUGCACAAUGUGACAAUCAAUUAUAUAUAGAUGAAUGUAGCGUCACUUUUAUAUCCUAGUCAUUCACCUCGCUACACCUUAGCUGGAGGAACAGAGGACAGAAGAAAAAGAAGACACCUUGUGUAGCUUCUAUCCCAUGGCAACAGAAUGGCCCUACAUGCACAAUCAGAGGAGGAAAACAGGUGCCCUGAUUGGCAUAAAAUCAAACAGUGGUUAUAGAUUUUUGAGGGUUUAUUUUGCUUGUGUGUUGUGAGCCGUGGUUGUGUUUGUACUGCUGCUAUGUGGGGGAAGAAAAGGGCUCUGGAAAGAGUUGGUAACUUGGCAUCCGGUGACAGUGUCACAUGUUACUGAAUAUCAAGGUGGAAUAUCUGGCAACAGUGUCUCAUGUGACUGAAUAUCAAGGUGGAAUAUCUGGUGACAGUGUCUCGUAUUACUGAAUAUCAAGGUGAAAUAUCUGGUGACAGUAUUCAAUUUGCUUGAGGGCAUACCAAGGUUGCACAUAUCUGAUUGUUGUUGUGUUGUUGUUCAACACUUGACCCUCUGGUUUCUGUAACUCGGCCUAUAUAGUAUGCCAUUUAAAAGGUCAAGGAACAUCAGAGUUCCUACACACUGAUUGUUUCUUCUAAGAAUGUCUUUUUCCUGUUCUUUUGAAUGCUAUCUGGCAGCUAUGACAGGGGAGCCACAUUAGAGGCAUUGAGGUUGAACAGACAGAGGAUAUGAGAAUAUAGACAGAUAAGAUAUGAGCAUGAAUGGCUGAAAUCACGACAUUGUAGGGAUGGUAUCUACAAUAUCUGACAUAUAGGUGAUUCAUAUGACUAAAUGUUUAAUAAAUGUAUUUGUUUUAUCAUAGAUAUUUACUUGGACAACAAAAGGAGUGCAGAAUGUAAAAAUAGUGCACACACCAAGCCAUGAAAAAUAAACUGGUACUGCAUUAUUAGACCGUUACACCAGAGUUAUCACACAGCCACAAGCCCUCAUUAACCAAUUUGCCCAGUGGAGUGGAAGGCAUUAGGUGAAACCACACUGACCAACACAUAAAGUGCCUCAGUAUAUUGUUACACUCCACGCAUUCAAUGAUACAAAUGAUACAAAUAGCAGUGUAUUGUAGAAAGCAGUUUAACUCACUUGAACAAUGCUAUCUGAUCCAUGAUAAAUCCAUUUCCUCUGCCACACUCCCACACACACACUCUCUCUCACAGCUGCAUUAAGAGGUGUGAAAACAUCAUUAAAGGCUUAUGAAAAGUGAGUUGUUUCACUGAUGCCAUGCUUGCAGUUCCGCUGUGACUUGUGACAAGCAGCAUACUGUGAAGUGUUGUAUAAUUGCCAGUUUCAUGUCAAAUAUACACUUGUUUACUUGUACUUGAGUUGUGUAUGGGAUUAUUCUAUCAAAUAUGAUUUUUGUUUUCCACUGUUUGUGUGAUCUUUCCUCAGUGAUAAUCAGCGCAGUGCUUAUUGUAGACGGAGGUGAGGCAAGCAGCUGACCACCUGAUUGGUCGACGGGUGGUAUCUUAUUGAAUCUGUGUGAUUCAUUGUCCGCUCUCUCCACCCACAGAAGCCCACCUCAGUAUGAUAUGGGCACAGAAAGAAGCAAACAGAACCACAGGUGACUCUGAUAACACUGAUAUAAUUCACUCUUUUUGGCAGUGGCUACUAUGGAAACACUAUGUAAACAGUGCCUGUAGCUCAAGGGUAAGAACACAACAGAGCCCUGAAAGUCAGAGAAUAGGCAUAGUAUUUCUCAUCCAGAUGUGCUAUUUGGUUUGGGAUUAAAUCUCUCAAUCCAAGGGCAACACACAUGUAUUGACAUGUUCUCAGCUAACUAUCUGUAGAGGAGCAUUCUGUGGUGUGGCCAUUGCGUUCCAAUGGGCCAUACCAAAACACCAUCAGUGUUAUUGUGCCUCUUUUUUUGAUGAUGUCUCAAGCAUCUCAUUGUGCCAAUGCAAUCUGACAGUUUAGGCAUUGCUCAAAAAGACAGCUGGGGGAUAACAGGUAAAUGGUUUGCUGAUGGUUUGUGGGAGAAGGGACUGUUCUAGCAGAUGAGGUGUGGGAGAAGGGACUGUUCUGGCAGAUGAGGUGUGGGAGAAGGGACUGUUCUGGCAGAGGAGGUGUGGGAGAAGGGACUGUUCUAGCAGAUGAGGUGUGGGAGAAGGGACUGUUCUGGCAGAGGAGGUGUGGGAGAAGGGACUGUUCUGGCAGAUGAGGUGUGUGAGAAGGGACGGUUCUGGCAGAUGAGGUGUGGGAGAAGGGACUGUUCUGGCAGAUGAGGUGUGGGAGAAGGGACUGUUCUGGCAGAGGAGGUGUGUGAGAAGGGACGGUUCUGGCAGAUGAGGUGUGGGAGAAGGGACUGUUCUGGCAGAUGAGGUGUGGGAGAAGGGACUGUUCUGGCAGAGGAGGUGUGGGAGAAGGGACUGUUCUAGCAGAUGAGGUGUGGGAGAAGGGACUGUUCUGGCAGAGGAGGUGUGGGAGAAGGGACUGUUCUGGCAGAUGAGGUGUGGGAGAAGGGACUGUUCUAGCAGAUGAGGUGUGGGAGAAGGGACUGUUCUAGCAGAUGAGGUGUGAGAGAAGGGACUGUUCUGGCAGAUGAGGUGUGGGAGAAGGGACUGUUCUGGCAGAGGAGGUGUGGGAGAAGGGACUGUUCUAGCAGAUGAGGUGUGGGAGAAGGGACUGUUCUGGCAGAUGAGGUGUGGGAGAAGGGACUGUUCUGGCAGAGGAGGUGUGGGAGAAGGGACUGUUCUAGCAGAUGAGGUGUGGGAGAAG